AUGAUAUCAACUAUCAUUCUCUUUCCCUCGAACGACCAGACCAUUGAGUCAGGCAAGGACUUCACAAUUCAGGUGCAAGUGAAUGGUUUGCAAGCUGGAUCAUUUACCAAUGCUCAGGCUACCUACUAUUCUGCACCGCAAGCUCUCAACGGCGGUGGAAAUGUCAUUGGCCAUACCCAUGUCACCGUCCAAGACCUGGGCAACAGCCUGAACCCGAAGACACCACCCGACCCGACUCAAUUCGCCUUCUUCAAGGGAAUCAAUGAUGCAGGAAAUGGCAAUGGUCUCCUUACCGCCGAUGUAGUUGGUGGGCUUCCGGAGGGCAACUACCGGAUCUGCACCCUUACCUCUGCAUCCAACCACCAGCCUGUUAUCAUGCCUGUAGCACAGCGUGGCUCCCAGGAUGACUGCACCAAGUUUGUGGUGAACGGAAACAACAACACCAUCAACGCUGCUGCCAACAACGGAGACAAGGGCGAGGCUGCUGCUGCGUUAGCCGCGUCCGCUGUCGACCUCGGCCCAGGCGCCUUGACUGCAACCGCUGCUGGUGCUCAAGCGACUGGUGAUGCUAAUGCCAACCAGAAUCAGGGUCAGGAUCAGAACAACGCAGAUGCCAACAACCAGAAUCAGGGCAAUGCGAAUGCGAAUGCGAACGCAAAUAACCAGAACCAGCAGGGCCAGAACCAAGGCAACGCUAAUGCAAACGCAAACGCCAAUGCAAACAACCAGAACCAAGGCCAGAAUCAACAAGCUCAGAAUCAGGCUCAAAACCAGCAAGGCCAAAACCAAGGUCAGAACCAGGCCAAUGCAAACGCGAACAAUCAGAACCCGGCUCAAGACCAAGGCAACGCAAAUGCAAACAACCAAAGCAAGAAUGCCAAUGUACGUUAUUCGUCCGUGCUCCCUACAAUUCUGUACUGA